AAAAGGUCGGGUGGAAAUGGUCCGACCCGGUGAGUCAUAGCUACUAAACCCUAAUAAAGAUGAUAGGAGUUUGGAUCUGAAAACACUUGUGCUUCGGAACAACGCUCGGCGCUUGCACUGUCCAGAUCUUAAAUAAGAGGGGCAGUUUUUUCCUUCGAGCCAUGGCGCUGAUCCUGCAUGCUGGGAAAUCAAACAAAAAUGCUUACAAGUCGCUCAUUGCAGCCGAGUAUACGGGCGUACAGGUUCAAUUGGCCCCUAAUUUUGAGAUGGGUGUCUCUAAUAAAACACCUGAAUUUUUCAAGAUGAAUCCUAUUGGCAAGGUUCCUGUGUUGGAAACACCUGAAGGUCCAGUAUUUGAGAGCAAUGCCAUUGCUCGCUAUGUUACUCGAGUGAAGGGCGAUAACACUUUGUAUGGAUCUUCUCUGAUUGAAUACGCCCAUGUUGAGCAAUGGAUUGAUUUUUCAUCACUGGAGAUUGAUGCUAAUAUUAAUAAGUGGUACUACCCGAGACUGGGACUAGUCCCAUACCUUCCUCCAGCUGAAGAGGCUGCAAUUUCUGCACUGAAGAGAGCUCUGGGUGCUUUGAACACUCACCUUGCCUCCAAUACUUACCUGGUUGGGCAUUCUGUGACCCUGGCUGACAUCAUAAUGACAUGCAAUUUGUAUACUGGUUUCACAAAAAUCUUAGUCAAGAGCUUCACCUCAGAGUUUCCUCAUGUUGAGAGAUACUUUUGGACCUUGGUCAAUCAGCCAAACUUCCGAAAGAUAUUUGGUCAGGUCAAGCAGACUGAAGCUAUUCCACCUGUUCAAUCUGCGAAGAAGCCUUCCCAGCCAAAAGAAUCCAAGCCCAAGGUAAAGGAUGAACCAAAGAAGGAGGCUAAGAAAGAGGCUAACAAGGAAACGGAAAAGCCCAAAGAAGAUGCAGAAGAGGAGGCACCCAAGCCCAAACCCAAGAAUCCCCUUGAUCUUCUCCCUCCAAGUACGAUGAUACUGGAUGAUUGGAAACGACUUUAUUCAAACACUAAAACCAACUUCAGGCAGGUUGCGAUAAAAGGAUUUUGGGACAUGUAUGAUCCUGAGGGAUACUCUCUCUGGUUCUGUGAUUAUAAAUACAAUGAUGAGAACACUGUUUCCUUUGUGACAUUGAAUAAGGUUAGUGGAUUUCUUCAGCGGAUGGAUUUGGCCCGCAAGUACGCAUUUGGAAAGAUGCUUGUGAUUGGAGCAGAACCACCAUUUAAGGUGAAGGGGUUGUGGCUUUUCCGUGGGCAAGAAAUCCCAAAAUUUGUGAUUGAUGAAUGCUAUGACAUGGAACUCUAUGAAUGGACCAAGGUUGACAUCUCGGACGAAGCCCAAAAGGAGCGCGUCAAUCAGAUGAUUGAGGAUUGUGAACCCUUUGAGGGUGAGGCCCUUUUGGAUGCCAAGUGCUUUAAGUGAAAAUACUCCUUGAAAGAGUCUGCUUUUAUCAUGUGUCUUCGUUUUUGGUAGGGUUUGGUUUCUUUUCUCUUUCCUAUUUCAGUAACAGUGAAGUGUUAGCCGAACUUUGAUUUGAGCUACAUCGAAACUUUAUAAUGUUCGAUUUUUUACCUUAAUUUUAAUGAUAGCAAGACAAUAUACAAGUGCUAUAUUUUUAUGUUGAA